AUGAGUCUAACAGCAAGUUUUAUUUUAAUUGAUGAAUUACUAUCUUGUUUCUUAUUAUCAAAUAAUGAAGAAGAUCUUGUUAAACUUGUUUAUAAUCGAAUGAAUAAUUUUGUUGAUGGUGAAAAUAACGAUGAGUGUGCUUGUGCUAUUUUUAAUAUUCUUAGUAAAAAUCGAUCAUAUUUAUAUAAAUCAUCAAAUGCGGAAAGUUAUUAUUUAACAGAAAAUGCUUUAUUUGAAUAUUUUACAUCUGAUGCAUUCUUAUAUCCUUCAAGUGAUUUAUUUGUUUAUCUUUUUGUAAAUGUAUUAAGUGAUAUUCAUUCAAAUGAUGAAGAUGAAGAAGAAAUUAGUUUAGAUCGUCGUUCAUAG